CGGAAGCGGCGGCGCUCGGUGCGGGAGGGCGGCACGUCCGCUCCCUCCGCCCGCGGCCCCGCCGGACCAUGGAGCCGGGACGGGCCGGCUGGCUCCUGCUCCUCCUGCUGCUGCCGGCGCUGGGAGCGGCCGUGCCGGGCGAAUUCGACCCGUACCGCGUGCUGGGGGUCGGCCGGAGCUCCAGCCAGGCCGACAUCAAGAAGGCCUACAAGCGGCUCGCCCGGGAAUGGCACCCUGACAAAAACAAGGACCCAGGAGCAGAGGACAAAUUCAUUCAGAUUAGUAAGGCCUAUGAGAUUCUCUCCAACGAGGAAAAAAGAGCAAACUUUGAUCGCUACGGAGAUGCUGGGGAAAGCCAGGGCUUCUCUCAGCAGCAGCAUCGCCAGUUCCACCGCUUCCACGAUGGCUUCUAUUUUGACGAGUCCUUCUUCCAUUUCCCUUUCAAUUCCGAGAGGCGUGACACCUCUGACGAGAAAUAUUUGCUUCACUUUUCCCACUACAUCAAUGAAAUCGUGCCAGAUAGUUUCAAGAAACCUUACCUCAUUAAAAUCACCUCAGACUGGUGCUUCAGCUGCAUCCACAUCGAGCCCGUGUGGAAGGAAGUUGCUCAGGAAUUGGAAGCUCUGGGAGCAGGAAUCGGUGUCGUUCACGCGGGGUACGAACGGCGCCUCGCCCAUCAUCUGGGUGCCCACAGCACUCCGACCCUGCUGGGGCUCAUUAAUGGGAAAAUAACCUUCUUCCACAACGCUGUCGUUCGGGAGAACCUGCGGCAAUUCGUGGAGAACCUUCUGCCAGGGAAUCUUGUUGAAAAGAUUACAGAUAAAAACUACAUCCACUUUCUGUCCCACUGGAGGAAGGACAACAAGCCCCACGUGCUGCUCUUUGAUCACAUGCCAGUUGUGCCCUUGUUAUACAAGCUGACGGCGUUUGCCUACCGAGAUUACCUGUCCUUUGGGUACGUGUACGUCGGACUCCGAGGCACUGAGGAGUUGUCCAGCCAGUACAACAUCAAUGUCUACACUCCCACCAUGAUGAUCUUCAAGGAGCACAUCGACCGGCCUGCUGACGUCAUGCAGGCACGAGAAAUGAAGAAGCAGCUCAUUGAUGACUUCCUUUCCCAGAAUAAGUUCCUCAUGGUGGCCAGACUUACCAGCCAGAGGCUGUUCCAGGAGCUGUGUCCUGUGAAGAAGUCUCACCGUCAGCGGAAGCACUGUGUGGUCUUGCUUACUGAGGAAGGAGAGAAGUUUGCUGAGGCUUAUGAGGCUUUUUUGACUUUUGCUGUGGCCAACACAAAAGACACGCUGAGGUUUGUGCACAUCUACAGUGAUCGGCAGCCAGAAUUUGCAGACGCCUUGCUGAUGGAUGAGGAGAAGUAUCAUGGAAGAUCAGUGGUGGUCAUUCUGGAGAGACGCAAUAAUGCAGGGAAGAUCGCCUAUAAAGCCUUGGAGGAGGCCUGGCAAGGCAGCAAAGAGGACAACUUUAUCCUCCUGGAUCUCCUGGACCAGCUGAGGACAGACCCCGGCCUUCUGUCAUCAGAGACCGUUGUGGCAGACCUGAAUGAUGAGCUCGCUCCUAUGUUCCUUAUCCGAUGGUUCUACUCCACAGUGGACUACAUUUCAGACUGGUGGGACAGUUUGUUUCACAGUAACUGGCGAGAAAUGAUGCCACUCCUGUCCUUGCUCUUCUCCGCGCUCUUCAUUCUCUUUGGCACCGUUAUUGUUCAGGCUUUCAGUGAUUCAAGUGACACAAGGGACGCUCCACCCUCGGGGAAAGAAGAAACGGCCGCAAAGACGGAGAAGAACGACGCGAGCUUCAGCAAAGAGAGUAACAGCAGGAUUCCCAAAAAGAGCUUUGUUGAGGUUACUGAGCUAACAGACAUCAACUACACCAGUAACUUGGUGCGCCUGAGGCCAGGGCACAUGAACGUCGUCUUGAUCCUGUCCAACUCCACCAAAACCCCCCUGCUCCAGAAGUUCGCCCUAGAAGUCUACAUGUUCACAGGGAGCAGCUCUCUUCACUUCUCCUUCCUUAGCCUGGACAAACACCGAGAGUGGCUGGAGUAUCUGCUGGAGUUUGCACAGGAUGCAGCCCCCAUCCCAAACCAGUAUGACAAGCAUUUCCUCGAGCGUGACUACACGGGCUACGUCCUGGCUCUGAAUGGCCACAAGAAAUACUUCUGCCUCUUUAAGCCUCACAGAUCAGGGGACGAGGGGGGAACCCUGGGAUCGUGCGAGGAUUACGAUGCUUUACAACAUGCAGAAGCCAGAGGGAAAUCCUCCUGCAGCCCAGGAUCUAGAUCCAUUAAAAACAAAUUACACAAAUUGUCCUUUUGGAUGGAACGCCUUCUAGAAGGUUCCUUACAGAGGUUCUAUAUCCCCUCAUGGCCUGCACUAGACUGAGGAAUUUUACAGAGAUUCUAAGGGGACAAACUUUUUAUGAAGAUGACAAGGGACAGCUCUUUCCAGGAAAACUCAAACAAGCGUGAUGAAUGGACCUUAGGUUUUAGACAAACUCCUGGGGCCGGCAACUAAAACACACCUCCUGCAUCCGGAGCCCGGGAGCGCAGCCAAGCGCAUCCACCGCCCUGCCGUGCGUUUGGACGCUGUACAACCGAAGAGCCAAGAAGUCUAUUCUGCCCCUCUCGUCCUGCCACGUCUGCUUCCUGAGUCCCCCCCAUCCCACCUCUUGUUUUACCUUGGUUGAAGAAAUCCGUGAGUUCCCUGGGUCCGGACCAGCUGCGGCCGGUGAUGCAGGCCGGGUCACGGUACUCCCUCCCCAUCCCCGUGUGCUUAGCCCAUGGUGCAUGGUGUAACUCUGCAGACCCUCCAGGCCCUGCCCUUCCAAAACGCCUCCUCCCACCAGGCAGUCAUUCUCUCUUGGCUUUCCCCAUGGUAAGUGAUGCAGAAUCUGGUCAGGAGCAUCUCCCUUGUAGCAAACCUUAGCUGGGACCCCCCGUGGUGUGGGCUCGUGGGCGAUCUGCAUGUUUCAUGCUCCUCGUGUCAUGGUUCCACCUGCAGCUUCACUGGCUGAACCAUAACAGGGAGGGAAAGGGCAUGGCCGUAAAAUACUGUCAAAGUGUUGAGUCAUUUAAAUGUCACGUUGAUUUUUCAGAUGCCUUUUCUGCUUCUGUCGAUUUUAGACGAUGUAUCCUAGAGCCAUAACUUUACCUGCGUCCUCAAAUUGUAGGCGUGAGCUGCUAUGAGCCAGUAGAUGUGUAAAAAAACUCUACGUAGCUGCCAGGGAGUCCCCAGGCUCCUUGCAAACAGCUUUCCAGCUGUAGUACAAACCAACCUUCCUUUGUAUCAAGGAACCUCAUCCUUCAACGAUUGUAUUCUUGAAACGUUGCCCCAGAAGUGCUGUAUCAUCAGACUGUUGCGUGCGUGUGAAGCUCCUUUGGUUUAGUCAGAGGUUGAGAUGUUGGGUUUCAGCCUCUCACCCAUUUCCUUCUUACCCCAAACCUCCAUUUCUGCGCACUCAGGCUGCUCCCGUGGCUUUGUGUUUGUUUGCUUGGGUAUUUCUUUCAUCUUUUGGAAGCGUUGGGGGUGUGUGAGGUUAGAGCAGCUGCACAGCCCUGGGUUUGGACAUUGCUUUGCUGUAGCAGUGCCCCAACAGCCACUUCCAACACCACAAGGAAAGGCUGCCCCUGGGUAGAGGGAGGACAGCAGCAGUCUCGUGGCUGCUUAACACUCCUCGAGUGACCAAGCAAGGCAGCAGGGCUUCUCUUUGUGGCAAGGACUGAAAUCCUGUGAGGUUUGUUCUUCCUUUACACUGCUCUGGGGCUCACAGUGGCACACAGGCCUCCUCCUUCCGUGGAUCUGGAGCCCUGUGGCACCAUCAGGCUCCAGCAUUGCCAAAGCACAGGGAUGGGGGCCAGUGGCCUUUGCCACAGGGCUUGGAACACAGAGCACUCAGUGAACACAUGGUGUUAAUUCCAGACUCAGCCCUUGCCACCUUAGUUACCAUCUUAGCAGAGCAGCCAGUCAGUAGGAAUAACUGCCAACCCAGCUGCUGAUCCUGUACAGAAGCUGGGAAUGCUCUAGUCAUUGCACUCCUUACAUACCCUAAUUGCUCCCAAAGCCUUGCCUCAUUGCAUCUCCCCAUCCUGGGAGCAGACUGGCAUGCUCUGACCCCCCCAGGUACCUCAGAUCCCCUGUAAAACGUGCUUCAAAUAAAGGCUGUGAUGCUACAAACGA